UAUGUGAGUGGUUGUGUGCGGGUGCGCCCUCGUGUGGCUGUCAGCAUUUCCUGAUUUUGGGUGGAGAGGAGACUAGCGUCUGGAAAAAUGGCAGGCCAGGAAGAUCCCGUUCAAAGAGAGAUUCAUCAAGACUGGGCAAAUCGAGAAUACAUCGAAGUAAUCACCAGCAGCAUUAAGAAAAUCGCAGAUUUUCUUAACUCGUUUGAUAUGUCAUGUCGGUCUCGUUUGGCUACGCUGAACGAGAAGCUCACUGCUUUGGAAAGAAGGAUUGAAUACAUUGAGGCCAGGGUUACCAAGGGAGAAACACUGACCUAACUCACGAUGCCCUGAUUACAACAUCCUCUCCCGGAACUCCCAUUGUAUUCCGUCUCUAAUCGUGUUUUAAAUUUCAUUUGUUUUGAUGGUCUGUUAACUAUACCUCACACUUCACACCAUGUGUUUCCUCCAAUUAACCGUGGAUCAAUGUCAGGUAGUGGCAUUCCAUUUUCCUACUAAUACUGACUGGAAGUGUUGUUAAAGCUUUUUUGUAAAGUGUAUACAGAAAUGGUGGAAUGGACUGUCCCUGAUAUUGUGCACCUUCACUGUAUUUGCCAGCUCUUGUGGAUCAAAUGGACUGUAUUACUGCACAACUUAAAAGAUUUAAAAACAAACGCCAUGUUGUUAUCAUGCAGCUGAAGCUUUCUGUCUGUAUAGUUUUGUAUGUUGAGGUACAUCAAACAGCUAUGGUCAAGGAGUGUCAUCCUCCUUCCUAGAUUAGAUAUGCUUUAUGCCAGAUUAUCAUGAUGCAGUCCUGAGGUCUUUUGUCAGAGAUUAUAGGCUCCAUGUUGCAUGGACGCCGGUCCCCUGUGCAUUCUCUGUCUGUUGUUGAGCAUGUUACGCCACAAAAGAGACGCCAAAGUGCUUUGUUCGCUUGUGGUGAUUGUCAUUUUUACCUUGGUUGUAUGUAAGCAAUUCAAUUUUGUUUUCACAUUUGUACUGAAAAUGGAAUAAACAUGUUUAAAACAUAGAA